AUGGUGUUGGUAAAGUCCAGUGAGGUCCUGAGACCAAGUGAUUUAUUAGUGAAGUCAUGUUUUCUGUUCUCUCUGCAGAUAAUCCUUCCCUUGGAUUGGUUCCCAUUGAAUAAACCCAGUGCAGGCGACUACUUCCAUAUGGCUUAUAACAUUAUAACUCCGCUGUUGCUGCUGAAGUUGAUAGAAAGAUCUCCGAAGACCCUCCCCAACUCUGUGAUCUACAUCAGCAUCAUGACGUUUGUCAUGGGGGCAAGCAUCCACCUGGUGGGAGAUUCUGUCAAUCACAGAUUGAUCUUCAGCGGAUACCAGCUUCACCUGUCUGUGCGGGACAACCCCAUCAUGCAAAAUCUACAGCCCCCCACCCUGGUGGACUCCUUUGAGUUGUUAUAUUACUACGAUGAAUACUUGGGUCAUUCCAUGUGGUACAUUCCAUUUUUUCUCAUCCUGUUCAUCUAUUUCUCUGGUUGCUUCACGACAGUUAAGCGGGAAAGUGAGAUGCCUUUAUCUGCCUGGUCAUUGCUACUCCCAAGCAGCCUGUACUACUGGUACCUGGUGACUGAGGGGCAAAUAUUCAUCAUCUUCAUAUUCACAUUCUUUGCAAUGCUUGCACUCAUCUUGCACCAAAAGCGUAAAGGUCUGCGCCUGGACAGUAAUGGCCUGUUUCUACUUCUCUCAUUUUCCCUCACUUUGUUCCUCAUAGCAGUCUGGAUUGUCUGGUUAUGGAAUGACAAAAUUUUGCGCAAGAAAUACCCUGGAGUAAUUUAUAUCCCUGAGCCCUGGGCGUUCUACACACUGCACAUCAACAGCUUGCACUGAGAGAAGCUAGAUCUGUGUUUCCCUUUGUAGUCACUUGUAGGAGUGAAACUUGUCAGGGUAUAAAGCAAAGCACUUUGGCCGACAUUUAUCAUUGUCUUUAGACCGUUUUUUGUGUCUAGAAAAGGCGCAAGCAGGAUUUAUUUGCGUCUUUUGGUUUACACAUUUCUUCAGAUUUUGAGUUGCAAUCCACUGAUUUUGGCAAUACUCAUGAUAUGGACGGGUUUUAUGAACUGCGCCUUUUUGUGAAAAGGCGCAAAAAAGGCACCUAAAAAUCCAUAUUAUGGUUUAUUUUUUUUCGCCACCAAUUCUACUUUGCAGUGACAUAAGUCAUUUUAACAAAAAAUCCACAGCGAAACGGAAAAAAAAUUCAUUGUGCGACAAAAUUGAAGAAAAAAUUUCAUUUUAUAACUUUUGGGGUCUUCCAUUUCUACGCAGUGCAUUUUUCUGUAAAAAUGACACCUUAUCUUUAUUCUGUAGGUCCAUACGAUUAAAAUGAUACCCUACUUA